GUAGGGGCAGAAAAGUCCGAGGGCCAUCUGCCAGGCAGACCGGCUAUCCAUCCGGUCGAAGGUCGCCACGCAGAAGGUUGAUUAGUUUGGUUUUCCUCGUCUCCUAUCUCCUUCCCCUGCUUGGGACCGGUCGCGUAUCGCCGGACUUGUCCAGGCGGAAAGUGUUUUUCCAAUAUUUGGCCUACCAACAGCCGUCCCUUUCCUUUUCGCCGACACGCCUUUCUCUCUGCUCCUCCCCUCCUCUCCACCCUAGCCCAGAGUCACGCAGCGGCGACAAGUCUGCAGCCAUGGUGACUGGUUCAGGCGUAUGCGCGAAGGUGGUGGUGGUGGAUGCGCGACACCACAUGCUAGGGCGCCUUUCGUCGAUCCUCGCCAAGGAGCUUCUCAAUGGACAGAAAGUGGUGGUCGUACGAUGCGAAGAGAUCACACUUUCUGGCGGUUUGGUUCGGCAGAAGAUGAAAUUCCUUCGCUUCUUGAGAAAGCGUAUGAACACCAAACCGAGCAAGGGUCCUAUUCACUUCAGGUCCCCUUCUCGUAUUCUCUGGAGAACGAUCCGUGGUAUGGUCCCUCAUAAGACGAAGAGGGGAGCAGCAGCGCUGGACAGACUGAAGGUGUAUGAGGGUGUUCCUCCCCCCUACGACAGGAUGAAGAAGAUGGUCAUUCCUGAUGCUCUGAAGGUUCUUCGUCUCGCGCCCGGCCACAAGUUUUGCAAGCUUGGACAGCUCUCGGGCGAGGUUGGCUGGCAUCACGGAGAGACCAUCGAUACUCUGGAGGCCAAGCGUAAGGAUAAGACCGGCAAGUACUACAAGUUGAAAAAGGAGCUGAUCAGGAGAAGAAUGAAGGCUAUUGCUGCCGUUGAGCAGAAGUUCCCUGAGAUUAAGAAGGUUCUUGAACCCAUCAGUUACAAGCCUAUUGUGGUGUAGACGUGGGAAUCUCUCUCAAUCGAAAGGGGGAACAGUAGAACGUCAAUUUGGCGGGGAAAGCAGAGCAUGGAAGGGGUGAGAGAUUGAAUGCAGGGGAUUUGAACUGAGUACUUCUUUCGUCCAAGCUGCGUCGAUGAAUUUUGACGGGGUGGUUUAUUGAUGACGACUCCUUGAGCCGGGUAAGAAGCAGCGGUUUGAUUCAGUCGCAGGCGGUGGUGCUUAAACGCUUGUAGAGACCUUGUAAGAGUGAGAGUGCCAGCCUUGGACUAAGUCAUCUGCCCCGCUCCCUGAACCUAGUUUAGCCCGUCGUUGAGAGGUAUGAAGGACGUAAGAAAAAGCGUUACGGGGCGGCUGUUGGUCGCUGCCGUACGGAUUCGUGGAAUUGGGCCCAUUUGGCAUGGGACGGAAUCGCGUUGACGACAUUUGUGGACCGAAGAAUGUUUCGCUGUCUCUGUCCUGAUAUCGCUCAUCAAAAUUUUGUUUUCACUUCUGUUACCAGGGUUUUGUUAGAAAAGCGAGGAUGGCAGUGAGUGUGUGUACCGUCUGCUCUCCUUUCGUUUAAUAACUAUUCCCUUCCUCUUCUCGCUUUUCCCUGGUCUACUCUCCUUCCUCGUUACUCGUCUGCGUUUUCUUCUUCUUGCUACUUCCUCUUCUGUUGACCCUCUUUAGUUGAACUGCUCUUCCUUCGUCUCCGUAGCUUUUUUUGCUUCUCGCAUUUUUCUUGGUCUUGUCUUCUUCCUCGUGUUACGCCCCGUCUCCGUUUUCUUGGUGCUACUUCCUCUUCUGCUAUCCCUUUCUUCUUCUUGCUGCUACUUAUGCUAUCCUUCUUUUGUUGAACCGCUCCUCCUUUGUCUCCGUCGCUUUUUUUCCUUGUUGCCUCGGACUUUUCGUUUCGUCUUUCCCCCCUCUCCUCCCUUUGUUGUUCUCUUUGGCAAUGAUUCUUUCUUUCUUGAUCUUUAUGAUGGUUUGGUUGCCCUCCUUUUCUCGUACGGUUCUCGGUGGUUGGAUGAUCGGUUAAUAAUCGAUUGAACCGACGAUGUUUGUUGUUUCUUGUGCCUACCCUGGAAGCUUUGGAGUAUAACGUCGAAACGUUUUUAUCGCAGUUGAAAUCAAAGAGGCGUGAGCAACAUAAUUGGUGCAAAGGACGACAUCCUUAACAGGCAAUCGCUACUCAUUCAACACGGUUGGCAAUCCCUGAAACCUCACGGAAGACGAAGGCCAAGUUCGGCGGUAUCCUUUGUCUUACAUGAGGUUGCAGGGAUUGCCUACCGUGUUCACCCAGCAUGGGAAGUGGCGGUCUCCUCUUUGCAUUUUAUGCAGAAUGCAGAGAUAUUCGAUUGACCUAACCUUCUGUUUGCGGGUUGACUGUUAAUAAUCACUGUGGCUUUCGUCUCUUUGUCUCUCUCUCUCUCUCUAUCGCUGUCGCUGUCCUCAGGUGUCAUCCGAAAGCCUUACGGCUAGAACAA